CAAAAGUCCAGAACCCGUUGUCUCCUUGUCGCGAAUAACCUAGCUACCCGGGAAAUUGCAAGUGCGACCAAACAAACGUUCCAAGGUUCGACUGCAUGGUUUCUCGACAGACGAGGGAAUUGCAAGCCAGAGAGAGGGUGGCUCUGUGGGGUCUCGACUGAGCGUAGCGGCAACUUAACGGUAUCGCUUGGUUCGAUUCUCGCUCGUAUCGGGUGCAGUGACACGCUGCCCGACAAGUCCUCUUUUUUUCGCCUUCGAUCGCCUUAGCGCUGCGCAGUCAACAAACCCGACAGCUGCUGGCCCAAAAUGGCUUCCAGGGCGAUGUGGGAGGUCGACCCGGAGACGAGGUCCAAACUCGUCGCCAUCCAAGCCGAAGCCGAUAACAACCUAUGCUGCGACUGCAACGCGCCCUCGCCGCAAUGGGCCUCGCCCAAAUUCGGCAUCUUCAUCUGCCUCUCAUGCGCCGGCGUCCACCGCGGCCUGGGCGUCCACAUCUCGUUUGUGCGGUCCAUCUCCAUGGACGCAUUCAAGGCUGCCGAGAUUGAGCGCAUGCGGCUCGGCGGCAACGCGAACUGGAAGCGGUUCUUCGAAGAGCAUGCCGACACCAAGAUGAAGGGGCUCACCUGGGACGACGCGACCAUCGCCGAACGGUAUGGUGGCGAGGUCGGCGAGGAGUGGAAGGAGAGGCUGAGCGCCAAGGUGGAGGGGAGGGAGUACGUGCCGGGGGACAAGGCGAACAAGGCGGCCGGCGGGGGCGGGAGCGUGCGCGCGAGCCCGGCGCCGAGCGCGGGCGGCUCGUCGACGGCGCCGACGAGGAGCGGCCCGGGCGCAGGGACGCCGCUCAGCGGGAGCAGGAGCGACAGCCCGGCGCCGGGGGGUAAGAUCAAGGUGGACGUCGACUACUUUGCCAAGCUGGGCGAGCGGAACGCGCAGAGGCCGGACGACCUGCCGCCGAGCCAGGGCGGCAAGUACAGCGGGUUUGGCAACUCGGCGCCGCGGCCGCGGCGGGAUGAGCAGGCGCUCCCGGGAUUGGAGGAUCUGCAGAAGGACCCCGUGGCGGCCAUCACAAAGGGGCUCGGAUGGUUUGCGUCGACUGUCACCAAGACGGCCAAGACGGUCAAUGAGGGGUUUAUCCAGCCGACUGCGAAACAGAUAUCCGAGUCCGAAUUCGCAGCACAAGCCCGCAACGCAGCAGCCCAGGCGGCGCGGACCGCGCAGGCCGGUGCCAGGACAGCGCAGGAAGGGUUCCACCGCUUUGUCGAGGGUCCCAGCGGAAGCGGGUACAGGCCGGUAAAUGCCAACAGCAACAACUUUGACGAGAGCAGGCGGGCGUUCUGGGACGACUUCGCUGCCGCCGCCGACCAACGGAAGACUAGUGGAAGCUCCAUAGGCACGUCGGCGAUGGGGAAGGGCGGGAGACAGGGUGGCGCGCAGGCCCCGGCACCAAGCAGUAAGCACGAUGAGUGGGAUGACUGGUGAGCGUGUUGUCGUUGUCGUCGCCGUCGCCGUCGCCGGAGGGGACGGCGUGACAAAGAAGGAAAGUGGGAAGUGAAAGGGAGAAGGGGGG